GUAGAGAAACUCACUCAGUCACUGAUACUGAGAGGAGAAAUGGCAGACAAAAAAGUUCAGCUGGAUGGAGAAAAUAUAUGUUGUUCCAUCUGUUUGGAUUUCCUGAAGGAUCCGGUGACUACAGCCUGUGGACACAGCUACUGCAUGAACUGUAUUCAAACCCACUUUGAUGAAGAGGACAGGAAGGGAAUCCACAGCUGCCCUCAGUGCAGGAAGACUUUCACACCGAGGCCUGUCCUGGAGAAAAACAUCAUGUUAGCAGCUUUAGUGGAGCAGCUGAAAAAGACUGGACUCCAAGCUGCUCCAGCUGAUCACUGCUAUGCUGGACAUGAAGAUGUGGCCUGUGAUGUCUGCACUGGGAGGAAACUGAAAGCCAUCAAGUCCUGUUUAGUCUGUCUGGCCUCUUACUGUGAGAAACACCUCCAACCUCACUAUGAUGCAGCUCCAUUAAAGAAACACAAGCUGGUGGCCCCCUCCAAGAAGCUCCAGGAGAACAUCUGCUCUCGUCAUGAUGAGGUGAUGAAGAUUUUCUGUCGUACUGAUCAGCAGAAUAUCUGUUAUCUCUGCACAAUGGAUGAACAUAAAGGCCAUGAAACAGUCCCAGCUGCAGCAGAAAGGACUGAGAAGCAGAAGGAGCUCGAGGUGAGACGACUAAACAUCCAGCAGAGAAUCCAGGAGCGAGAGAAAGAUGUGAAGCUGCUUCAACAGGAGGUGGAGGCCAUCAAUGGCUCUGCUGAUAAAGCAGUGGAGGACAGUGAGAAGAUGUUCACUGAGCUGAUCCGUCUCCUCCAGAAAAGAAGCUCUGAUGUGAAGCAGCAGGUCAGAUCCCAGCAGGAAACUGAAGUGAGUCGAGUCAAAGAGCUUCAGGAGAAGCUGGAGCAGGAGAUCGCUGAGCUGAAGAGGAAAGACGGCGAGCUGGAGCAGCUCUCACACACAGAGGAUCACAACCAGUUUCUACACAACUACCCCUCACUGUCAGCACUCAGUGAGUCUACACACUCAUCCAGCAUCAAUAUUCGUCCUCUGAGCUACUUUGAGGAUGUCACAACAGCUGUGUCAGAGACCAGAGACAGAGUACAGGACAUUAUCAGACACAAAUGGACAAACAUCUCAUUGAGAGUGACUGAAGUGGAUGUUUUACUGUCACCAACACAAACAGAGCCAAAGACCAGAGCUGGAUUCUUAAGAUCUUCACGUGAAAUAACACUGGAUCCAAAAACAGUGCACCAAAAUGUGGUAUUAUGGGAAGGUAAUAGAAAAGCAAAGUCAACUGAACAACAACAGUCUUAUUCUGAUCAUCCAGACAGAUUCACUAAAUGGCGUCAGGUCCUGAGUAGAGAGAGUCUGACUGGACGUUGUUACUGGGAGGUAGAUUGGAGAGGGGGAGACAUUGAUAUAGCAGUCUCAUACAAGGAUGUCACCGGAUUAAGGACAUCAUUUGGAUAUAAUAAUAAAUCUUGGGCACUACGCUGUGACAUAGAUGGUUAUGAAUUUUGGCACACUAGAGUUCAAACUCUUGUCUGUGGUCCUGUGUCUUUCAGAGUAGGAGUGUACCUGGAUCACAGAGCAGGUAUUCUGUCUUUCUACAGCGUCUCUGAAACCAUGACUCUCCUCCACAGAGUCCAGACCACAUUCACUCAGCCGCUCUAUGCUGGAGUUUUACUUUCUGAAAGAACCACUGCAGAAUUUAUUAAACUGUAAAUGACAGUAGAGGCAGUUAGUCUAAAUGUGUCUUUUAGUUUCCAGUUUCAUUGUUGUGGUGUUUCAUCUUCACAUAGACCACCUGUCAUUCACUCUUUAUGAAUUCUAUUUUUAUAUCUUAUUGAUUGUUUUCUAGGUAAUGCUUGUCUUUGUUUGAUUUGGCACUACUUACUGUCUGUUUAGCCAAAGAGUCUCUCAUUGCUCGUGAUUUUUAGUUGUUUUUCCAUACUUUGCUGAUUGUGUGUUUGACAAACUGAAAUGAUGUCUAAAGCUGCUGUCUUUGCCAUAUAUGCUUAAGUGUGUUAUUUUUAUUUCCAAUGUUAUCAGCAAGGAAAUAGAUACAAGACUACAGUCAUUGGAUCAACUCUUAACCAGCAUGAUUACAUUUAAAAGAUGUUCAGUAAACAGCUUUUUUGUAAUUUUACCUUCAAUAAAUGGAACUUCAUAAGUGUAGCUUAUUCUUUCUCAUAGAUAUAGUUUAAUACAAUAGUUAUAUUGGAAUUCAUUUUCCCUCUGAUAUAUUUAUAUAUAGAAGUCCACAGUAAUAUAAUAGGAAUAUUGUGUCAGUAAACUUCACGUUACUCUUCUAAAUAGGGAAUCUGCAAAACUGUAACCAUGUAUUAUUAUUGUGUAUAAUUCUCUCUUGGUCAUUACUGUUGUUUGUAUUGUUACUUUUGUUCAGUCAAUUAAAUGAAUACUAACACUAUAAAAUAAACAUUGAUGCAGUUAUGUCCUUUGAAAAGAGACACACAUUUAAUGCAAAGGAGACACUGGUUUUAAAAUAAGCUGAAAACAUGUAUGCUUGCAAAAGCUCAUCAAAAUAAUUUACUUAGCAGACCACCAAAGUUUUCACAGACAAAAGUUACACUGGAUCAUACAAUUGAUAUCAGAGCUUUUGCAAGAAAGAAGGACAAACAGAACUACAGGCUACAUUUAUGAAUUAACUUAGAUAAAUAAGAGUUAUCUAAAAGUAUUGUUUGAAAAAAAAUGAAAACAAUAGUGAAGAUUUUCAAAUAAAAACUUUUCACAAACUAUUCAUUUUGCAUGUGCCCAACAUUGACAAACAAUUUAUACAUUAUGCAUUAGCUCGUACAACUUACACAUUCGUUUGUUGCAAUGUUGAUUUUUCCAGUUUGAGACAAACAUUUUCAGAAUUAUUAUGCCCGUAACUACAUUUUUAAUAACUUAACUUCAAAAUAGUUUAAUCAAACUUGGUUUUGAGAAUACAGAAGACAUAAUCAGGAAACCCUAACCCUAAUUGUCAUGGUUCUGGGUCCUUUUGAUCCAGCAUUUUGAGUUUCUUGUAUUCUAGUAAUAUUUUGAAUUAUGGUUUAUUUUCAGGUUCAUUUAUAGUCUUAGUUAUUCUAUUGUGAGUUUCUCUUAUUCCCUGUUUAGCUUUUGAUUAUUAGACUCCCGCCUGUGUCUUUGCCCUCUGUGUCUCUCUCUCUCUUUGUGCUCUAUUUAUAUAUGUUGAGUUCUUGUGUCUUGUUUCCCUCCUUGUGUUUCAUUCUUUGUUCUCCAAUGCUUGCCAUGCGUAUCCAUGUUUCCCCAGUCUGUCAUGUUUUUCUUGUCUCCUCUUUCACUCCCUCGCUCCCUCUCGUCUGCAUUUCCUCCACUCCUGUGUUAUGUCCCUCCGUUUCCUGUUUUAUUGUGAAGAUGUCGUGUUUCCAUGUUCGGUGUGUCUGGUUUUGCUUCCCGUGUGGCGUAGUAUAUUUUGUAUUCUCAGUUUUGUUAAUGUUGGUUUUCCUUGUG